AUGUUUCUGUCCCUUCCUACGGUGACUGCCCUCAUUCCGUUGGUAUCUCUAGCAGGACUGUUGGCAGCCUCUGUGGAAGAAAACUCCCCACAAGACUGCACCAACACAACCAGCUUGUGCUUUCACGGUCUGCUUCUGCCCAUUACCAUACCAGUUUCUGUGUUCUUCCACCUUUGGACCUGGAUGGGUAUUAAACUCUUCAGGCAUAAUUAAUACAACCAGAGCCAAGA